AUGAGCGCCACUCUGAAUUAUAAGUCUUUUUCUAAAGAGCAGCAAACUAUGGAUAACUUGGAGAAGCAGCUUAUUUGUCCCAUCUGUUUAGAAAUGUUUACUAAACCAGUGGUUAUCCUUCCAUGCCAGCACAACCUCUGUAGAAAAUGUGCCAGCGAUAUCUUCCAGGCCUCCAAUCCAUAUCUUCCAACCAGAGGAGGUACCACUGUGGCUUCAGGAGGUCGAUUUCGCUGCCCUUCCUGUAGACAUGAGGUAAUUCUUGACAGGCAUGGAGUGUAUGGCCUUCAAAGAAACCUGCUGGUGGAAAAUAUAAUUGAUAUAUACAAACAGGAAUCUUCCAGGCCUGAAAGAAAAACUGAGCAGCCAGUGUGUGAAGAACAUGAAGAUGAGAAAAUUAAUAUUUAUUGCCUGAAUUGUGAAGUGCCCACCUGUUCCAUGUGCAAAGUUUUUGGUGCUCAUAAAGAUUGUCAGGUUGCUCCCCUCUCAAAUGUGUACCAAAGGCAGAAGUCUGAACUUAGUGAUGGAAUCGCUGUGCUUGUGGGAAGUAAUGACAGAAUACAAGGAAUUGUAACACAGCUGGAGGAAACCUGCAGAACAGUUGAAGAAUGCUGUAAAAGGCAGAAGGAUCAACUAUGUGAAAAAUUUGAUUAUUUGUACGCAAUAUUGGAAGAACGAAAAAGUGAGAUGACACAAAUAAUCACUCGGAGCCAAGAGGAGAAAUUGGAACAUGUCCGGUCUCUGAUAAAAAAGUAUGCAGAUCACUUAGAGACAGUAUCAAAACUGGUGGAAUCAGGCAUCCAAUUUAUGGAAGAGCCAGAAAUGGCUCUAUUUUUACAGAAUGCUAAGGCAUUGCUACAAAAAAUUACUGAAGCUUCUAAAGCAUUUCAGAUGGAAAAAAUAGAGAGAGGCUAUGAAAAUAUGACCCACUUCACAGUCAAUCUUAAUAGAGAAGAAAAGAUUAUUAGAGAAAUUUACUUUUACAGAGAAGAAGAGGAUGAGGAUGAAGAAGAUGCUAUAGAAGGGAAAACACCAGAUGAAAUCCACACUGAAUCAUCAGGUGAAGAAGAUGAAAUAGCUGAACAAGCAUCAUCUCAGCAACUUCAACAGGAUAUUGCAUUGAAAGACACACUAGCAGUAUCUCAGAGUAACCUGGCACCAUCAUUACCUUCUAACCUACUAGUUAAUACUCCCACUACAGCAAAACAGGAUGAAAUUGUACAUACUACUACAGCACAGCCUGCAGGAUUAGUAGAGACUGGACUACAGUCAAAUGGAGACUCAUCCGAUCCCUUGUUCUACCCUAGUUGGUAUAAAGCAUCACCACGACAAACAAGCAAUUCAACUCCAGCUCCAUUGACCGAGAGUAGGCAGGUAGGGCCUUCCAUUCCUGUAGAAGGGAAUGUCAAGAAGACAGAGGUUCCAGAAGCAGCUUCUGCAAAUACAAAUUCUGCUGUGUGUGGUAAGGAAGUUAACCCAUCUACAGAUAUUUCACAGACUGAGUCUGAGACCUUACAAGGACAUGUGGAAGGACAGCCUGGGAGCAACGAAAGAGAUGAUGAGCCAACUCGUCAUGUUUUCUCUUUCUCCUGGUUGAACUCAUUGAAUGAAUGA